AUGACGGCUUCAGUCUCUAAAGCUCAACAUUAUGAGGGAGAGAAUCUUUAUUCAAAACAUUUGAGAUACUCCGUGAAUCCACGAAAUGGAAUCAUAUGGGAUAUGUUAGAAAAUUACAGAUUUUUAAAGUUUGGUGAUAUUUCGGAUCUUAAGAGCAAAGACUCUUAUGCAAGUUUGUUCCAGUUUAGACAGAAUACAAGACAGAAAUUCACGGUGCGGCCAUUGUCACUAGAACAAUACUUUCAAGAGCGUCAGAGAAAUGGCACCACUGCUGACUUGAUGAGAUAUGAAUGGGCAAGAUAUCGAACCUUCAGUACCUUCCCAACUGAUUCACCUGCAAGACCAAUACGUCUGGCUUCAAACGGAUUUUACUACAUUGGAUCCGGAUCCACUGACAAUGUUAAGUGUUUCUCUUGUGAACUUGUUUACCAGGGAUGGAAGGAGGGCGAUCUGGUGCCAGAUGUACAUUCCAAGUACUCGCCGAAUUGUCCUUUUCUCACAGGAGUUGAUAAGUCCAAUGUAGGGAUUCAUUCACAAGAAACACAGACGGCAACAGGCAACGGAAAUAAAGAAACAACAAGUUGCCAUCACACUGGAGACGUGUACGUACAGAAACAAUGUUCACAAUCCUCUGACAACGAUGCAAGCACUCCAAGGAGACGCCAACAUAAGUACCCUGAUUUUGAAAGUUACCAUUACAGAAUGGACACAUUUACAGGAUGGACAUGUUCGGAAAUAAUAGAACCGUGCGUUCUAGCUGACGCAGGAUUCUUUUAUGCAGUAAAAGGUUUCAGCGAUUGCGUUAGAUGUUUUUCCUGCGGAGGCGGGCUACGUAACUGGGAAUACGGCGACGGACCAUGGGAGGAGCACGCAAGAUGGUUUCCUGAGUGUCUGUUUUUACUGCAACAAAAAGGACAAGGGUUUGUCAGACAGCACAAGGAGGCGCAAGCAGAAUCUUGUAGCACCGACCCAGGAACUUCAACUGCAGGAAAAGAUUUAAACGCGGUACAGGCGGGCAAACUGGACCCUCUUUAUGCCAUGACACAGACAAACGGUGGUGGAAACAACAUGACAGUAACCGCCAACUCUAACGACGAACAAAACGGUAUGGUCGCUAUAAAUAGAGGCGAACUCGCUAAUAGACCGUUGUGACCUAAUUU